AUGCAUCUACCAGUCGUACUCACUGCAUCCCAGACCUUUCUGCUGUUGGUACCUCUGGGUCUGUCUCGAGAGUUUGACUGGACAAAAGACCAUGGAGGAUCUUUCUACUAUGGGACUUUCCCUCCUGGUUUCUCCUGGGGCGUGGGAAGCUCUGCUUACCAGACCGAAGGGGCUUGGGAUCAAGAUGGGAAAGGACUCAGUAUCUGGGAUGUUUUCACCCGAAUGAAAGGAAAAGUGCACUUGAAUGAAACAGGAGAUUCAUCCUGUGAAAGCUAUUAUAGAUUCAAGGAGGAUAUUGCUCUACUGAAAGAGCUGAAAGUCAAUCACUAUCGUUUCUCUAUCUCCUGGCCUCGAAUUCUACCAACUGGGAUUAAAGCUGAGCGAAUCAAUGACAAAGGAAUCAUGCAUUAUAACGAGCUAAUUAAUACCCUCCUGGAGAGCAACAUCCAACCUGUGGUCACUCUGUACCAUGGGGAUCUUCCACAGGUGCUGCAAGAUAGAUUUGGAGGCUGGCAGAAUAGCAGUCUGAUUGAUUUCUUCAAUGAUUAUGCCAGCUUAUGUUUUGAGAAGUUUGGAGAUCGGGUGAAACGCUGGAUUACUUUCAAUAACCCUUGGUCCACAGCUGUGGAAGGAUAUGAAUUGGGACAACAUGCACCAGGAGUGAAACUGAAAGGAAUAGGAGCGUACCGAGCAGGGCAUAACAUCAUUAAAGCUCAUGCAAAGGCUUGGCACACGUACGAUAAACUUUGGCGCAAUCACCAAAAAGGAUUGGUGGGUAUUUCUAUCACAAGUGAAUGGGGAGAGCCGGUCGACAUUACAAAUCAAAAGGAUGUCGAGGCUGCUGAGCGAUACAUCCAGUUUAAGCUAGGCUGGUUUGCCAACCCUAUUUUCAAUGGAGACUACCCUCAAGUUAUGAAAGACUGCAUUGGGAGAAAGAGCUCACAGGAAAGUCUGAGCAACUCCAGGCUGCCAGCCUUUACUCCACAGGAGAAACACUUCAUCAAAGACACAUCAGACUUCUUCGGUCUGGGUCACUUCACAACCCGGUAUAUCACUCACAAGAGCUACCAUUACAGUAAAGGGCCAAGUUAUUAUACGGACCAGGACUUGGCAGAACUUGUUGACCCACAGUGGCCUGAUCCAGGUUCUGAGUGGCUGUACGCUGUACCUUGGGGAUUCAGGAGGAUUCUGAAUUAUAUCAAGAGUCGGUAUGGAAAUCCAAGGAUAUACGUGACAGAAAAUGGGGUAUCUGAAAAACACCAGUGCACUGAGCUGUGUGACAAGUGGCGAAUGCAGUACAUGAGUAAUUAUGUUAAUGAGAUUCUUAAAGCCAUUAAGGAUGGUGUUAAAGUCAAGGGAUACAUAUCCUGGUCACUGCUGGAUAAGUUUGAAUGGGAUGAAGGAUAUUCAGAAAGAUUUGGGUUAUAUUACAUCGAUUUUAAAAGCAAGAAUAAGAGGAGGUAUCCCAAAGCCUCAGUUCAGUACUACAAGAAAAUGAUCAGCUCAAAUGGAUUUCCAAACCAAAGAGAAAUUGAGAGUUGGAAACGCAAAGCUGCAGAGACUUGUUCCAUUACAAAUGCACUGCUUGCUGCAGAUCCUCUUGUCAAUCAUAUGGAGAUGGUAACGGAAAUUGUUGUCCCGACUGUAUUCACUCUUUGCAUACUGCUGAGUGCUAUAUUACUGAUGUUCCUACUCCGGACACAGUGAAAAAUCCAGUGUGCUGUUACAACAGGAUAAUGCCAGAUAUACAAAGACAA